AUAUCCACUUUACUUCUUGUGUGAAGGAGGAAUCAUCUUUACUGAUUUAGCAGAACUUUUAGGAUCUGCAAUUGCUUUACACAUGCUUUUUCCUCGCCUUCCGCUCUUUGUGGGGGUUUUAUUAACUUCCAUGGAUGUCUUCGUGGUCCUUGCCUUUUUCAGCUCAUAUCCAGACGUUUCGAACAAACACCGCAAAUCAAUGCAUUUCUUUGAGGUGUUUGUUGCGUUCCUUAUUUUUAUCGUUGUGAUUUUCUUUAUCAUUUUGCUUGUAUCUGUCAAGCCAGAAUGGGGAAAGACCUUCGAGGGAUUUGUUCCCAACCGACGCAUGAUCGUCAACGGUGGACUAUACGUGUCGGUCAGCCUUAUUGGAGCUACCGUUAUGCCACACUCGAUCUUCCUGGGGUCCAAAGUGGCCAUCCCCGAGCGCCUACGUGCUAUUCCUGUGCAUCCUGGAAAGACACUACCUGAAAAUUCACAAAGCCUCCAUCUAGAUGAAAUGGACAAAGAUUUAGUUACUGGACAUUUCAGUUCAAUCAACAAGGCACCCGGCAUCGAAAGCCGAUGCGAGCUGGACGCCUGUAACUUGGAAGCCACUGUAGUCUCCGUCAAGCGUACCAAAACUCAUCUUGCACAUGCCAGUUUCGACAUCAUCGCAUCUCUGCUUACUCUAGCUCUGCCUGUCAAUGCAUCCAUACUGAUAGUGGCAUCCGCAACAUUCUACUACGGAUCUGAUCCUGGUGUUAAGAAAAACGAAUCACUUGAUCUACAAUCUGCCUACGAGCUGCUUGGUAGUCAAGUUGGACCCAUGGCAGGUUAUCUGUUUGCUAUCGCACUUCUCAUUGCAGGGCAAGCGGCUUCGAUUACCGUUACCCUAGCGGGUCAAAUUGUCUCAGAGGGUUUUUUGGAGUGGCGCACCCGGCCUGUAAUCCGGCGACUAGUUACAAGGAUGAUUGGAAUCGUACCAUCUGCAGCCGUGGCUGGGGCUGCCGGCCUUCAAGGUGUUGAUCACUUACUGGUUGGAAGUCAAGUCGGUUUGAGUCUUGUGCUACCUUUUGUUUUGGCCCCACUUAUCAUCUUCACCUCUGACCCAGAAAUCAUGCGCGUAAAGAGCCACAAGACCGAAUUGGUAAGAAUCGAACCAGCACAAAUCCGCCCCCAUCUUGAAGUUCCAGAAGAACUUGUACACUAUCAAGCAACAAACAAAAAGAACAUGAAAAAGGAAGCACAUACCUCCGCCAUCGGCCCCACGGUGUCCUUUGCAAAUGGGCGCAUGAUGAAAGUCAUUACUUGGUUGAUUUUUGCUCUAUGUUCUGUCUCCAACAUAUAUGCCAUCGUUCAAUUGUCGCAAGGUCAACAAUGAAGACGAAUUACUAGAUUGCCCAUGAAAACAACAACUCUCAAGAUGAAGUAACCCGGGGUAGCUGUAGAACCUUAUCAGGCUUUUUCUUAUGUUUGGAUGUUAUACAUGCUACUGUGUAUAUGUUGAAAUAAAUGCCUAAAUAUCAUGAUCAAACCUCUUGCUGCACACUCAACCUGUUGCAAAGCAAUAAUAAGAGCACUU